UUUACUCACAGUCACCGGUGGCUCCAGCAAAACCCCUAGGGUUUUACAGUCAGCCAUCUCCUUCCGCCUUCUUUCUCCUCCAAAUUCAAAACUCAAUUCAAUCCCUCUUUCUUGCUUUCUGUAAAUAUAUCUAUUGCGUCCUAGUUCUAAUUGACAAUGGAAGAAGUGAAGAACGGAGAAAAGCUAACGCUAGUGACACGGAAGCCCUGUUUCGGACUACCCACCGCAUGCCCGACUUGUUUACCCGUUUAUAUUUAUCUCAGAUUCGCUCAACUCCCUUUUGAUGUUGAAUACAAUCUCAUCUAUCCUGAUUCUGAUCAAAUACCUUACGUUGAAUUCGGUAGUCACGUGGUCUAUAACAAUGAAAAAGGUGGAGUUAUCCAGAGUUUAAAGGAUGAGCAAACUGUUGAUUUGGACUCCGAUGUCUCUGGUAUCCCUGAAUGGGUAUCAACAAAAGCAAUGGUGGAAUCAUGGCUUGCUGAAGCUGUCAUGUAUGAGCUUUGGGUCGGGUCUGAUGGAAGUUCAGCACAGAAGAUAUAUUAUUCUGAUCUCCCGUGGCCUAUAGGAAAGUGUUUAUACUUUAAGCAAAUUCAUAUGGUGAAACAACUACUCGGAAUAACUAAAGGGAAUGCUGAGAGAAGGGAAGAGGAGAUCUAUAGGAGAGCUGCGACUGCUUAUAAUGCUUUGUCAACUAGGUUAGGUGAACAAUCUUUUUUCUUUGAGAACAGGCCUACAAGUCUGGAUGCCAUAUUUCUUGGUCAUGCGCUUUUCACACUUCAUGCGUUACCUGAGACGUCAGUACUGCGAAGUAAGCUUUUGGAUCAUGCUAAUCUUGUUAGAUAUGCAGAAAAUCUAAAAGCGGAGUUUGUAGAUGCUGAUUCUUCUUCAUCUUCUGUCUCGCCAUCUCGGUCUGAUCCCUCCUCCUCAGUGCCUAAGAGAGGUCCUUCAAAUUGGAAAUCGAAUCCUAAGAGUAAACCUAAGAGGGAAAAGACAGAGGAAGAGAAGAAAUUCAAGAGGAGAGCAAAAUAUUUUUUGGUAACCCAACUUGUUGCAGUAUUGGUCUUUAUCUCCCUUCUUGGUAGGUCUAAUGAUGCUGAAGUAGAGUUUGAGGAUGGUGAUGAUGGCUUGGAUUAUGAGUAAAUGAAAUGUUUUUUCUCCAUUGAGAAUGAUUUUUUGUCCUUAGAUUUAGGUAGUUGCAAGUUGCAGCAUGUAAUUUUAGCAAGCAUAUUUCCUGAUCUCUACCUUUGUUUUGAUUAAAAUUUUGGAAAUAUUCUUGUGUAAUGACAAAUAAAUGAUGUACUAUUCUUGACGAAAUUUGGUUCACAAAUGAUAGAAAAGAUGCUGCCAGCUCUUUCUUUCA